AUGGAUCAACAUGACUCAGUUUCCGGUUACCGAAUUCCACAAAGACCCGUAGAUCACACCACACAGUACGACGACCAGCAGAUCCUCAUGAUGCAAGAUGACCCCGCAGUAAGAAAAGCUGCUGCUUAUCUUUAUGAGAAGCAUCCAACAGUUAGCUCCAUCUACGUUCUUGAUGAAAACCAAAGACCAAAACUGAUCCACGGAGACUCAGUGCCACUGUCAGAGGACAGCAAACUGGUGCUGGUAGGUCAUGGAGUCAGAGACAGUUCAGGAGAGAUGAGGCUGGCAGGGCACACAGCCCAAGAUGUGGCCAAAAUCAUUGCAAAGACCUUCAGAGUCGGCGAUACAAUCAAAACAACACGUGUGGUGGCAUGUGAAGUCGGAUCAGAUAAAACAUUUGUAGAAACCCUGCUGAGAGAGCUUCAUAAACUCAAUAUCAAGACAGAGCUGCACCUGAAGAGUCAACGCUACAGUGAUAAUAUGUUGAACGGCAUUGAGGCAGCAGUUCGUGACAUGGAGAAACACAGUUCACAAUCCUCUCAUCAGGUCAGCAAGUAUGUAGAGCACACUGGGACUGCUGUUGGGACACUAGGCCUCAUGCUGGGGAUGAAAGGAGCUAUUCGGGCUUUUGAACAGGGCGACAUCAAAGAUGGUGUGGUGGGGGCUUUGCAAACAGCUCAUGGAGUGACAGCUAUGACAACGUCUGUUAUUGCAAAACAAGCUCUGUCCUCAGAGACAAGAGUUGCCAGAGCUGCAGCAGUAAUCAUGAGAAGCCCUGCAAUGAGGGGCGCAAUGACAGCUAUACCAAUAGUGGGAAUUGGAUUUGGGGUAUACAAUUUAGAACAAGAUUUAGAGAGAAAUGACACACUGGGAUACAUUGAUGCUGGCGUUGAUGCUGGUAUGAUUGCUUUGGAUGUUCUCGAAAUUGCUCAGCCUGAACUUGCACCAUUUAUCGUACCUAUAAACCUGGCACUGUCAGUAGUCCGGAUGGCCAUUGAUGAUGUUUAUAUGGGCAUCCAGGAUGAACUAAAGAAUCUCCCGAAGGAUGCUGGAGUUUUAGAUAAACUGGGGGCUGUUUUUGUUGGCACUGGAGAAGGGAUUGAGCAUUUUGCAAUUCAUGUGGCUAGUGUGUUCUAUGAUUGGCAUUAUGAUGAAAUUGAGGAGGGACGAAGACUUGUUGCUCAGAUAUCAGACUAUCAGCAAUAUUACAAUAUUACAAAGGAGCGGGAUGAGAGAACUGUCAUUAAUUUUAGUGAUGGUGUCUCGUCCUGGAAUGGAGGAGGCGUUUACUUCUGUCUCGCUGAUCAGGGUCUGUCUGAGUUCUGCAUGAACUAUUUUGUGUCUAGUGAUGAGAGUUUUGGGAAGAAUUGUUGGUCCAUUGAUGCACAAGGAACCAAAGACAUCAUACUUGGCCUGGGAGAGUCGCAUCGAUUAGAGUAUUCGACACUACGGAAAAAAGUACUCAUGUUCAUACCAGCUGGCUCUGUGGAUGUUGUUUCAGGUUAUGAAGCUGUAUCAAAUUCAAAAUAUGGGAUAUACAAGGGAAACAGAGAUGCUAAUCGUUUUUUUGCAGUUCAGAAAUCAGAGGACAAACAUGUGAUUGAACUAAUGUUGAGUUACUAUUACCAGCUGUAUGGUGAACCAGGUGAUGACAUAUUCUUCCUCGGUCCACAGAGAAAUUAUGUUGAAGGCUCUGGUGGAAAAGACACGUACAUCAUUCCUGACGAUGGAGGGAAAACAAUAAUUAACAACUAUGAUCCUUGCAAAGCACUAGACACUCUUCAUUUCAGUGUUGAUUACAGUCACAUUUCUGUGUCUAAAUCUGGGAAUGAUGUUGUGUUAAUGUACGAGGGCAGCCAUACUGUGACCAUUAACAACUGGUUUUCAGGGGAAGUGUAUCGUCAUAUGAACAUGAUAUCAAAAGAUGGAGUCUUAUUUGAGGUGUCCUCCACUGUGGUUUCCUCUGUUCAGCUGGUGGCAAGAGGAAUUAACAAGAUGUUUAAGACGCAGGGUCUAACUGUAAAUGCAUCUCAGCCACUUUUACUUACAGUUACAAACAUCUUUGGGACUCAGUAUGAUGAUGUGCUCAUUGGAAAUGGAGAGAAGAAUCUGAUAGAUGGAGGAGGAGGCUCAGAUCGUUUGAUUGGUGGUGAAGGAGAAGACAUAUAUCUGGUGAAAAACAAGAAACAGUCUUCGGUGCAGAUUGACAAUUACUCCAGAGACAAUAAAACAGAUCUGGUCAUAGUAGAAGCAAAUCUUCACACUUUUAAAGUCAGGGUAGAAGGUAACCAUGUUCUGAUGAAUGCUCUCCAUGACAGUACAGCCAUCCAUGUGACUUUACUGAACUGGUUCAGAUCACCAGAAGACAGACACUUACUCCUCAGCACAAAGGAUCUGAUCACUUUUACAAUCUCAGAUAACAAGGCUGACUGCCUGGAGAGUAACCCGUUCACCAAGUGCAUAAAAAGUCGCAGCAUUGACUACAGCAGCUCCCCAUCUCGUCUGGUGGUGGACCUUCAGGAGGACGAGGCUUUUGACAGUGUGACGGAGGUCCGUGGGUCAGAGUUUAAUGAUGUCAUCAAAGGAAACAAAGAACAUAAUGUUUUCGUUCCAGGAGGAGGGGAUGAUUUCAUUGAGGGAAGAGGAGGAGAGGACUGGUACGUUAUCACACCAGGCCACGGUGUAAAGACCAUCAACAAUCAAUCACCAGAUCUAGUCUUAGAUGUUCUCUUCCUGAAAGAACAAUAUCAGCAUGUAACAUGUGCUUGUGAAGGCCAGAGCAUCAUCAUUUCAGUAUCCGGCAGAAGAAAUGUCAUCUUACAGAACUGGUUUGAUUCAAAGCGUCAUCAGCACCUGCAGAUCAAGACCAAUGAUGGAAUAACAGCUGAACUGAUUUCCAACCUCGUCAACUGCAGCAAGUCUGUAAUGCUUCCCUUGAUUGUUGAUUACAGAAACCAGGAACCUGAACCACUUAACACAUUCCAAAUAUUCCAGUCACUCAUUUUCCCUCUAGGAGAACAGUCCAGGUGUUUCAGAUGUAGUCACAUGGCCCAGACGUCCUUCCUUGACCUCCGAGGCAAAGCGAUGAUGAUGAAUGAAACUGAUUCAGUGAGAGAAAUGUACGGCUCCCCGGGUUUCGACAUUAUGGUUGGGAACAGGAAUGAGAAUUUGCUUGAUCCUUACACCGGUGGUGCACUGAUGAUUGGAGGUGAAGGAAAAGACACUUACAUAAUCAGACAUGGAUAUGGAAACAUAUUACUUAUCUGUAACUUUGCUGACGAUCAGAAUAUUGAUACUGUGUUGGUUGACAUGGAUUUCAUCGAUGGCGGCCAAGUCACACUGGACUCAUCAUCAACAGGAGACCUGACUGUGAAAAUCACGUCAAAAGGGGAACAAUUACAAUUCAUUCUGCUCAAAUACGCUGAAGGUUCCCAUCACCAGCAUCUGGAAUUUCAGAGCUCUGAUGGAGUGACAUUUAAAUUGAAAUCACUAAACUCAACUGAUGAUCUUUCCUUUGAGAUCGAAGCUUUCAAAGUGACUCUGAAACCAUCGCAGAUUGACUGCCGUUUGGAUCUCAGCUCUCAGAGAAAUCUGUCAAAGGUCCAUACAGUCCAAGGCUGCCCCUUCCAAUCCAAUGACAUACUAGGUAAUCAUCAAAACAGUACUCUAAUUGGUGGGUGGGAGGAUGACGUCUUGGAAGGAGGCCAAGGAGAUGACACACUGAUUGGAGGAAAUGGAGCUGACCUCAUGAUUGGUGGCUUGGGACACGACACUCUUUAUGGUGAGGAUGGAAAUGACACAAUGAUGGGGAACUCCGGCAGUGACAUCUUCAUUCCUGGACCAGGGGCGGAUCUAGUGGACGGAGGUCCCGGAAGAGACGCUGUUCUUUACCGGGGUGAUCAUGAGAAGGGUAAAGGUGUUUAUGUCAAUCUGUUGACCGGACAAGGCCGCUACGCUGAUGCUGAGGGGGACAUGUUAAAGGACGUAGAGACUGUGAUCGGCACCAUCUAUUCUGACAUCUUGGUGUCUGGUUAUGAAAGUUCACUUCUCAAAGGCUCAGACGGCAACGACAUCUUGGUGUCCACUGGUGGUGAUUACCUGGUCGGGGGUGAUGGACAUGACGUUUACAUGUUGGCUUUCCACCACGGCUCAGUCACCAUUGACAACUGUGCAAAGGACAACGCCACGGAUGCUGUGAGUGACGCUAAGAAGAAGAUAGAGCAGCUAAUCAUGGCCGAGCAGGCACAGAGAACCGUCAUUGGUCACCUGUCGCAAGCCGACAUGGAGCAGCUGGACAAGGGGCUGCGCGACCAGGAGCCCAGCAUCCACCUGGAGUGCCGAACCUGGCACAUCCUCGCUGCUGAGUCAGCACUCAG